AUGAAAGAGAGGAUUGUAGAAGACAAGAUGAUGAAUAGAUCUGUAGACCCUCAAUUAGUAGCUGAAGUUAUAAAAGAGAAUUUGAAGAAUAGCUCUGUAAAUAUAAUUCCAAGACCAAGACAAAUUCAAGAGGACUUCAAGGCUUCUCAUCUGAUUGAUAUUACUUAUCAUAUUGCAUGGAAGGCCAGGAACUUAGUAAUGGAAGCUAAAUAUGGGGGUUAUAAAGAGAGUUACAAACUAGUUCCCCAGUUUUGUAAGAUAGUGUGUGACUCCAACAAGGAUUCAGUUGCAACUUUAUCUUAUUGUAAUACUGACAUGGCAUUUGAGUCCAUGCCAAUAAGUUUUUCUAGAGCUAUGAAAGGAUGGAAAGAAGAAUGUAGAUCAACUAUUGGGUUAGAUUCUUGGCAUCUAAAUGGUAAGCGUGGCGGUAUGUUGAUGGCUGCAACAGGGUUAGAUGGUCAAAAUGGACUAGUCACACUAGGAAUUGGUGUUUUUCCUGCUGAAACAAUUGAGAAUUGGACCAUGUUCCUCAAUGACUUGAAGCCAUUACUCUUAAGUCAUCAAAAGCCAUUGGCAUUCAUUUCAGAUAGGCAAAAAGGGCUGCUUGAAGUUGUUCCUACUGUGUUCCCAAACUCACAUCAUAGAUUUUAUUGGAGACGCUUGUAUAACAAUUUAAAGAAGCCCUUUAAUGGAAAGAAAUUGUAUAGCUUACUGUGGAAUGCAUCCAAAUGCUACAAGAAGAAACAUUUCUAUAAACAUAUGGAAGAUAUGAAGAAGGAAAAUCAUGCUGAUGUGGUGUACCUUGAAGAGGCUGGUGUUGAUUCAUGGUCUAGAUCCUUUUUGGAUGAUACUAGUAAGUGUGAGCACCUAAAUAACAACUUUAGUGAGUCAUUUAAUUCCAUGGUGAAAAAUCUUAGGGACAAACCAAUAUGUAUACUAGGAAUUCUUUAUAAUAGUUUGGUUAUGAGUUUGUUUCGCAAAAGGAGAAAGGAAAGUGCAAAAUGGGAUCCUACUGGAUUGGUUCCUACUGCUAUGAAACUAAUUGGAAAGAUGUGUAAGUUGCUUGGUGCAUUUAAAGUUGACCCAUACGUUAGUGGUAAGUUGUAUGAAGUUACAAAUGAAGGUAGCAAGGAAGUUUUUGUUGUCAAAUUGGAUGAAAAUCAAUGCAGUUGUCUACAAUGGCAACUCAGAGGGUUUGUUUGUCAGCAUGAUGUGUGUUGUUUAAAGUCAUUCAGACCUGAUUGGACAAAGUACUGCUCUCAUUAUUAUAUAGUUGCUGCAUACAAGACCGCAUAUGCUCUUGUUGGGUUUCUAUUUCCUGCUCAAGAAGAUUGGCCUGAGUUGGAAGAACAUGAUAAUAUUGAACUAAAAUCUUCUAUCAAGAUCAGGAAAUCAGGAAGACCUGGAUUUAAGAGGAAGAUAGCAUGGGAUGAGCCUAAAACACCUACAAAACCUACUGCAUCUACUUCUAAGGCUAAGAAAAAAAAAUCAUCUCAACCAUCUAGUGUUGGAAAAACAGCAGUUGCAUCUUCUUCUAAAGCUAAGAAUUCUCAACCAUCUAAAGCUCCUUCUAAAGCUUGUACAACUUCAAAGAAGCAGAAAAUGAGUCAGACAAAGAAGUGA